AUGGAUAAUAUUCUGGAUUGUGUUAUACUGAAAGUGACAGAGGUGAUGAAUGCUAAUCUUACUUGUAACUUUAGUCGUGCUAAGGUGAAGCAACCAAAGUGUAUCACAAAAUUUCGGUCAAUUUUUGUUUGCAAUGUUCUAUACAAGAUCGCAUCUAAAGCUUUAGCUAAUAGAUUAAAGAAGGUGCUACCAAAGAUUAUCUCAACCAAUCAAAGUGCUUUUACACUAGAGCGGUUAAUCGCUGACAAUGUGCUUGUUACAUUUGAGGCGAUGCACUGUAUGAAAUCAAAUAAACCUAGGUGCACACAAAAGAUGGCGGUAAAACUUGAUAUGUCAAAGGCAUAUGAUAGUUUUGAAUGGGAUUAUCUUCAAGCUAUGAUGUUAAAGUUGGGGUUUGCUGAGUCAUGGGUGCGCCUUGUGACGUAA